UGAGGUACUAGGUUGGUUUUUCAGCACCACAUAUAAAUAAACUAAUAAAAUUAAGGUCCAUCAACAACUAAAAGCUAAAAAUAAAAAAGUAAGUGUCAAGAACUAUUUACAUCUCUGGAUUUUGUGAUGAAAUAUUGAAAGUUUGAGCAUGUCUUUUAAAAAGACUUGCAAAAAGGAAUAUUAUUUAUUAAUUAUUGGAAUGGAAGUGGCACCAAAACAAAAACAUUUGUUCUCUUGACCAUCUCUUACUGUAAAGUAUUUAACAUUUAAAAAAUAUCAUACAAAAAAACAUGGUAAUUCUUCAGGAACAAUAAAAUCUAGACAUUUGGAGAACAGCUAGCAUACUCUGAAGACUAUGGAAUGUGGCUACCCCUGGCUUCCUUACCCUGCCCUCCAGGGUACUUUGGAUGCCUCCCAUUUUGUCUCCUGUCUGCGGAGGCGUCUAGAGUUCCGGAGAGAGGAAGGAUGCUGUCUUUUUGCCGCCUGGAGCCGACCGGUGUGGCUACCCUUUACUCUUCCCAAUAAAGAAAGCACCGACCCCAUGCUCCUCCCCACCCCCAACCCCGCCACGCCACAACAGGUUGCGAUGUAGGGACAAGGACGCUCUGGUCCGUUUGGAACCCUCGGAUGGGACACAAAACCCCAGACACAACUACAGGGGAUCGUAGGUCGGACUUGGGGGGGGGGGGGAAGGAGAGAAUUCGGUCCUUCAGACCCAAAAAGCAGGAUUUGUUUCUCCAGACUACGGGGCGUCGCUGAAUUUUUGGCAGCAAUGAAACUACCAUCUCUUCAAAGAUCCUGAAUGGUGGAUCAGAGAACCCGGAUAGGGUUCGGAGUCAGAGAAUCUGGGCCCUUCUGGGUUCUGGGGAUGCCAAGGGCCGGCAUCGAUGCCCAAGUUUCCCUGAAAGAGACGGAGCAAAGGGGAGCACUCCCAGUCCAUUAACUGUGGAGUGGUAGUAAAGGGGACAUCUAGUGCUGGAGAGUGGGGAUCCUAGAGACAGACGCGGUGGGGGUGGGCCUAGAGCGCUGCGGGGCGCAAGCCUGUAAGCCGAGCGCAGGCUUUGCCUUCUUCCCAGGCUCUUGGGAAGAGUCGGAAAGUUCUGGCGCGAAACCGCAAGCCCCGCCCGAGGGUGCGCUGGCGCGGCCCCCUGCCUAGCUGCCACUCCCUUCUAGGAUCCCUUCCUUGAUUGCACCCCUGCCCAACGCCUCCAAUCAUUACUCUGCAUGGGGCGCUUUAAAUAUGCAAAGGCACGUCGCGUUGUACAAAGCGGGAUCUGGGAUCAGUCUGUAGGGAGGGAGCCAUUAUCUAUAUAAACGUGUUGAGGAUAAUCUGAGAAGGGUUAAACUAGUAGAGAGGAGUUGGGGCCGGGGUCUGCAGCCCUGGUUGACAAUCCGGGUGAGUUGCUUUGCCCUCCCUCGCUGCUUCCAUUCCGGGGAGGAGGUGGGAGUGUCCUGCGGGGGCCUGGAGUGAGCAUUCCCAAGACAGCCUGCACCCCCAAAAGGGACUGGUGUUUUGAACUGGAAGCUGGGAAAAUAUCUCAAGUGCGCCAGCCAAAGGAGGAGUACUUGUUCCUCAAGGGCGCACGGUCACUGCGGCUUUUCACUGCCAAUUUGUUUUUAGAGCGGGACUCUGAGGUUUACUAAUCUCGGUCUUGGCCCCCAAACUGGCCCUUUCGGGACAGAACAGGUGAGUUCUGCGCUCCGCUCGCGUCCCAAUUCUUGUGCUCCUGUUCACGCAGCGGCCUAGUCCCCGCAGCCUCGUCAUGUUUCCCUGGGGGCUGAGCUGCCUGUCGGUGCUUGGGGCGGCCGGCACCGCUCUCCUGUGCGCCGGCCUGCUGCUAUGCCUGGCCCAGUACCUCUGGACCCUCCGCUGGAAGUUGAGCCGGGACCGGACCUCUGCCCUGCCUCUGCCCAAGGGUUCCAUGGGCUGGCCCUUCUUCGGCGAAACGCUGCAUUGGUUGGUUCAGGGCUCGAGUUUCCACAGUUCCCGCCGGGAGCGCUACGGCACAGUGUUCAAGACCCACCUGCUGGGCAGGCCAGUGAUCCGCGUGAGCGGUGCGGAGAACGUGCGCACCAUCCUGCUGGGUGAGCACCGCCUGGUGCGCAGCCAGUGGCCGAAGAGCGCGCACAUCCUUCUAGGCUCCCACACACUUCUCAGUGCGUUUGGUGAGCCUCACCGGCGGCGGCGCAAGGUGCUGGCACGUGUGUUCAGCCGCACCGCACUGGAGCACUACGUGCCGCGCCUGCAGGAGGCGCUGCGGCGUGAGGUGCGCUCCUGGUGUUCUGCCCGCGGACCCGUAGCUGUCUACCAGGCUGCCAAGGCGCUCACCUUCCGCUUGGCUGCGCGCAUCCUGCUGGGUCUGCGGCUGGACGAGGUGCGGUGUGCCGAGCUGGCCCGGACCUUUGAGCAGCUGGUGGAAAACUUCUUCUCACUGCCCCUGGACGUGCCUUUCAGCGGUCUGCGCAAGGGCAUCCAGGCCAGAGACCAGUUGCACAAGUACCUGGAGGAGGCCAUUGCUGAGAAGCUUCAUGAAGAUACAGAGGCAGAGCCAAGAGAUGCCUUCAACCUGAUCAUUCACAGUGCUAGGGAGCUGGGUCAUGAACUGUCAGUGCAGGAGCUGAAGGAGUCCGUUGUGGAGCUCCUCUUCGCCGCCUUCUUCACUACGGCCAGUGCCAGCACUUCCCUCGUUCUGCUGCUACUGCAAAAUCCGGCGGCCAUCGCCAAGAUCCAGCAGGAGUUGGCAGUCCAAGGGCUGGAACGCGCGUGCAGUUGCACGCCUGGGGCCUCCGGGCCAGGGCCAGACUGUGGUUGCGAGCCUGACCUCAGUCUCGCGGUGCUGGGCCGUCUGCGCUACGUAGACUGCGUAGUCAAGGAGGUGCUGCGCCUCCUGCCGCCGGUGUCCGGGGGCUACCGCACAGCGCUGCGCACCUUUGAGCUGGACGGCUACCAGAUCCCCAAAGGCUGGAGCGUGAUGUACAGUAUCCGGGACACGCACGAGACCGCAGCUGUGUAUCGUAGCCCGCCGGAAGGCUUCGACCCGGAGCGCUUUAGCGCAGCGCGUGAAGAUGCUCCGGGCACCUCCGGCCGCUUUCAUUACAUCCCUUUCGGUGGCGGAGCGCGCAGCUGUCUCGGCCAGGAGCUGGCACAGGCAGUACUGCAGCUACUAGCUGUGGAGCUGGUGCGCACCGCUCGCUGGGAACUGGCCACGUCCGCCUUCCCGGCCAUGCAGACGGUGCCCAUCGUGCACCCGGUGGACGGGCUUCGGCUCCUCUUCCACCCGCUCGCGCCUCCGGCCUCAGGGAAUGAGCUACACCUCUGAGCGGCGGCGCUGAGAGACUUGGCUUGCCCAGUGGCUGCUGCGCGCCCUACAUCCCGCGAGCAUUCACCCGUCACUAAUUAGUUUAACAAACCUUCACCGAACGUGUCUCGGUGCUGGACUUUAGCGAGUAAGAAGUCUUGCCACCGCCAUCGAGUCAAAGCGCCGUAGAGAGUACGUGGAUCGCGGGCCCGCGGCGGGGGUUACACAGAGAACAGGCGCACGUGGUGGGAACUACAAGACUUUCGAGGAAGCCAAAUCGCCAGGGGGCCAUUCCUGAAUUGAUUUGGGUCCUUGAGAAAAAAAAACACCAAAAGGGAGCCCAACAGAAGGUAACGGGCCUCCGGUUUCAUGCGACUUGGGUCUUUCUGCCCGUCUAAUCUCGCGGAAACUCUGAACUGGGUGCGCUUCCAGGUCCCUGAACAGCCAAACAUCACCGGAUUCUGCUGGAGACUUAUUAAAAGAAAAAUUCCUACUUCAAGAACGCAUUUAAUCUUUCCAGGGUAGAAAAGGCAUACCGAGAUGUCUCUAAAGAUGGUUCAUGGGAGAUUGAGACAUAAUCCCCUCAUGGGAGGCUGAGAUAUAAUCAGAGAGGUUUGGGAUAUUUGUACCCAAAACAGGAAGGCCAAGAAAUAAAAGUUCCUGCCAGCGGUUGAGCAAGGAGGCUAGGGCUUAGCUGAGCUGCUGCUCCUUGGUGGGAAGGCACCAGGUGGAGGGUGGGGGAGGCACAUAAAGGACCUACCUGAAGGACCCACCCCGGAGCAUAUUCAGAAGGUGGACAGCACCAAUCCUUCACUGGACGGGCUUCAUUUCUGAGCCUAGUUCUGGAGACGGCUUUGAAUUAUCUCCCCCAUAGCUAGCUGCAGAAAUCUCCUGGUUUACUACUUCAAUAUCCUCUCUGUUACAGAGGAUGAACUAAGGAGGAAAGAACCAAAGACUCCCCAAGGAGCCAGCAAUAGGUUUCUGAACUCCCCCACCAGUGCUUCCUCUACCCCAUCACUUAACCCCACUGCUUCACCCUCUGGGCUUAGCCCCUUUGGCUUUUCAUAGGAAUCCUUAGCCCACUUCAACCUGCUACCCAUAUUCACACAGGCCUGGGCAGCUGAACAUGACUGGUGAGCUGGGGAAGUUGCCUCUCAGGCCAGAGCUGACCCCUUAAUGAACCAGAAGGAAGCCAGUGCCCUCCUGACCUUAUGCUUAAGGUGGAUCCUAGGGCCUGAAGGAAAGGGGGAACUCAGCAGGGGUGUGCAGGGUUGGCAGCUCCAAAGCAUAGCCGGCUCUUCCAAGAGGGGCUGACACUGCCAUAACCCCCAUACAGCGCAAUUCAUCACCCAUGGCUGGUCACAGGUCGGGCGCCAGACCCUGAGCUCAGCAGGCGCCAGAGGUAGCAAAGGUGGCAGGAUGCAGGUCUGCCCUUAGGGUGCUCUUGGAAACACUUAGGACAUCUGGGUCUGAGAAGCAUAUGUCUGGGUGAGGAGGCCAAAGGACCCCAGCUUCAGGAUUGAUUCUGAUUUAGGGAGAGUGUAGAAAUAUGAGGCGUAGCCUAUCAGAAACCAGGAUAGUCUAUCAGUUCCCAGAAACUUGGUUUACCUGCACUUGGGUUUGAACUAAAUAAGCCAUAGGAGUGGCUCCAAAUUUACUCUAAUUUCUCGUUGCUACAUCAUGUUAAUAAUUUUAAGGAAUAAGGUUCCCUGAUUUAGUAGCUCUAAAUUCUCUGGGAAGGAGCAGAUGUGGUUAUUGCCCUUCUGUUCUUGAUAUUGCUCAUGGAAGGAGGCAAUGAACUAGCAAAAUAAAUAAAUAAAUAAAACAAACAAACAAACAAACAAAAAAAACCCAUAAGAACAAGAAUCUGUCCAGUGGUGAUAAGCCCCGUAAAGAAUAUAAAGCGAAGCAUCUGUAAUAGAGUGGUGGGCUGGGAAAGCUUUUCUGAGACGGUGAUAUUCAACUUUGGAAGGAACCAGAGAGUGGCAGAGGGAACAGCAGGUAUGGAACCCUGAGGAUAAAAAUGUUCAAGAAGGGAGAAAAAUGGAGGGGUGCUUCAGCUGCCCUAGUUCAUCUGACUUAUCUACCUCUGGAUCCUCCCUUUCCCUUCAGUAAAGAAACAAAUCAAAUCAAAACAAAACAACAACAACAAAAAGGUUUCUCACCUCCACCUCUUAGCAAUGAAAUGUUUUGUAAACAUUUUGGAAACAGUCUAUUUCCAGCCAGCCAAACCCCCCUCCCCGCCCACCACCACUAGAUCAAAGUUCUUUGGGGGCUGGUAAUUUAUUGACCCCCUCUCCCCCUUCAAGAUGUUCUUUAAUGAUCUUUCACUCUCAUAUGUAAUUUUUUCCCUGGCAACAGAUACCCCCGCUCGGGUCUCGAUGAGCAGGCAGGUUUUUCCUUUUUCUUUCUUCUUCUUCUUUUUUUUUUUUGUCUGUGGCAACUUC